GUUAACACUCGCUCCAUUACGACGUGAUUUUUUUGUACAGAUUAUAUUAGUCUUCAAACUUUUGGCUGCGACAACGCCCAUUUUCGCGCAUUAUUGCGCAGUGAUUAUUAUAGAUCUAUAGUAAUAAAACAGUGCGUCAUUAGUGUCUUAGUUUAAGAUUCAAAGAUCACGACGACGACGAUGGCAGUCUGAGAUUGAGCGCAGUUUAGCGGUGUGAACUUUGCAUUGUUCUACGAGUAAAAAUUAAUAACGGAGCUUCGUCACCGCUAAAAGAGAUUAACGGCGCGCAUAAUGUUUCCCUACAAUAUACUGUUCGGCUGUGCCGCAAUUCUUCUAGCGUUGGGCUAUUAUGUAAUCGCGAAGUACAACUAUUGGAAGGCGCGUGGCGUGAAGGGCCCGAAGCCGCUGCCGAUUGUUGGCAACUUCGGUAGAAUUAUAGCCGGCAAGAUGUCUCUAGGUGAUUUCUUGAAAGAAAUCUACGUCAAGUACAGAGGAGAACCGUUAAUAGGUAUCUACUCAGGUCUCGAACCUAUUCUGGUAGUCAAGGAUCCUGCCUUCAUAAAGGACGUUCUUAUUAAAGAUUUCUCCGUCUUUGCCGACAGAGGAAUACAUGUGAACGACAAGAUAGACACGUUCGGUACAAAUUUGUUCUCGAUCGACGCGAAACGAUGGCGAUUGAUAAGAGCCAAGCUCUCGCCCACUUUCUCGUCCAGCAAGCUGAGGGACAUGUUCUAUCUUUUGGUGCAAUGCUCGAAUAACUUCAGCCAGUAUAUGGAUCGCCAGGUACAGCAGGAGUCGGUCAUCAAUAGCAGAAAAAUCACGUCCAAGUUCACCGCCGACGUGAUAGGCACCUGUGCGUUCGGCAUCGAUCUGAAAACGCUGAACGACGAGGACUGCGAAUUCCUGCAAAUGGCGAGGAAAAUGAUGCAGCCGUCUAUGAAGGCCAUCUUCAAGGAUUUUCUAAGACGCAUGACGCCGCAACUCUAUGACCUUAUCGGUCAUUUGUUAACCAACAGACAUAUCGAGAGAUAUUUCAUUAAGAUAGUCAUGGACACUAUCGAGUACAGAACAAAGCACAACAUAAUCAAGCACGAUUUCGUAGACAUACUUCAGGAUCUCAAGAAACAUCCGGAGAAGCUGCCUGAAAUAGAAUUGACGGACAAUAUGAUCGUGGCGCAAGCCAUCGCGUUCUUCAUCGCCGGCUUCUUCGCGUCUUCCAUAUCGAUCAGCCACGUCCUGUACGAAUUAGCAUUGUAUCCAGAAAUGCAGAAGCAGCUCCGAGAGGAGAUCAUGAAGGAGCUCGAGAAGACCAACGGUGUGAUCGAGUAUGACAGCAUAAAAUCGUUGAAUUACCUGGACGCGAUCUUUAAAGAGACUCUGCGGAAGUAUCCGCCGGUCACGCACAUUAUGAGAAAGUCGGUCGCGGACUACACCUUCUCCGGAACGCAAGUGCACAUUCCGCAGGGACAACACAUCUGGAUACCGUUAUACCCGAUUCAUACCGAUCCCAAAAUCUACCCCAAUCCGGAGAUCUUCGAUCCUGAACGGUUCAUGAAGGGCAACAGCGAGUCGGUGAACCCGAGUACUUACCUGCCGUUCGGAAAUGGCCCUAGGAAUUGUAUCGGUGCUCGUUUCGGGACAUACCAGACGAAGGUUGGCAUUAUAGAAAUAGUGAAGAACUUCCAAAUAAACACCUGCGAGAAGACCGUCUUUCAAUAUGGCAAACAAUCUCGCUCCUUCAUACUCGCUCCUCAGGACGGCCCGUAUCUGAGAUUCACUAAAAUCAAUCGAGGAUAUCGUAGGGAGGCAUUAUUUUGCUGAUAGUAUUCUACUGUCAAGGCAUCGACGAAGGAUCGCAGACAACACCACGGCGAUUAUCAGAUUGAUUUCACCGUCCGCUGAGUACAAUAAGUUCGACUAAAAAUCGAGACGAAUUUUUCGACUGAAGCGAACGUGAUAAGUUAUUCACGAUGAUUGUAAACGCGUGAAAUAAAUGGGAAUAUUUUAUGGUGUUAUUUUAUACAAGUUA